UGCCGGCAAAUAGUGAUCGGAUUCUAUCAAACAAAAUUAAAGAUUUCUUCAUGGCAAAGAAGAAUAGGCCGAAGACGUUGUUGCGCCGACUCAGUUCUUCCUCAUUUUGUGUUUUUUCAACGGCCAACACGUACAUACGAUCAGCUCUUCAUUCAGAUUCGCUUAUGUUAAAGAGGAUGGAAGAAAGAGGAAGAUCUGCUUUUAUGCAAGGAGAUCUAAAUUCUGCAACAAAAUAUUUCUUACAAGCUUUGGAAAAACAGAGCCAUCCUUUGACUCAUGAGAAGCUGACGCGCGAGAGACCAUUGAGCAAGUCGUUGCAAAAUUUAAACAACAAUCACUGUGAACAGUUAUUAAUUGUGCAUCAGGACAACACAUUUGAGAAACACAAUAAGAAAAGCGAGAAAAGGAAUGGGAAAAAAAAGAAGGAUGUCAAAGAAAGUGGUGUUGAAACGUUAAAUGGAGUUGUUUGUGAUGCCAAUGCUGCCAUCAAGAAGUUUCCAAGUUAUCCAAUGGGCUAUCUUCGAAAAGCAUCUGCAUUAAUCGUGCUUAACGAAUGGGAAGAAGCGAGGAUAACGUAUUUGGCUGGCUUGGAGCGUUGCAAAGAAUGUGCUCUCUUAAAAUCAGCGUUAUUUAAUUUAAACAAAAUAGAGAAGAUAACGAGUUGCGCAGCUACGCUUGAUAUGGUUGAACUUUCCGUUCUUCUAAAUAACAAGAGCUCUCCACCGAACAAUAUCAACAAUAUCCAAUAUAAUCAUACUAUUGUACGGAGAAACAGAUUUCGUUUGCAAGGACAGAGAAAAUUCAUCAAGAAGACUUUUUCACGUGCUUCAGACGACCUCGGCUCAAUUUGCCAGAUCCAAGGCACAUCAUUUCGCCGUAGAAACUCUUCGUCGACAGAUACUCAUUUAUGACGAAUUAAUUGGAUAUAAAAUAGUUCAUAGAUAGAGCUUUUAUAAAGUUACAAUUAUUUGCGUGUUUUAGUCGCAACAAUAUAGAUAUAGAUAUAUAUAUAUAUAUAUAUAUAGGGGAAAGGUUGUAUCAAAAUAUUUAUUUUUUAUGGAAGGGAAAGGAAAAUUAAAGUUUGCAUUAUCACAAUGAUCA